AUGUCAAUUAAUAAAAACUUAGAAGAUGAUAAAGCAAUUGAGAUUGAUGAAAAUAUUCUAUCAAAUUCAGAUGGCACUCUCAACGUAAUUGAAGAAUAUCAUUAAUAAAAUGAAACCAUUGAAGAAGUAGCCUAUAAUUACAUCCACUUUGCAAUUUACUUGUUCUACUAUUCAAUUAUACAAGUAUUUUUAAAGUAAUAAUCAACGAUAAUGGUAAUACUUAUAAUCCAUGCAUUAUUAAGUACAAUAUCAUUAAUAAUCAAUAUAAUAAAUUCUAAAAAUAUUAUUAAUAAAGUAAAAAUAGUUUCAUGAUUUAGUUAAAAAUAGUUCUUCGUCUCGAUAUAGAAAUUAGUUUAUUUUGGUUUGUAACAAUCCUAAACGUUGCUAGCAAUCUUGCUAUUUAUUAUUUCUCCUAUUAAGCUUAUAACCUUAAAUAAUACCGAUUGUAUGAACGCUUAUCGAAAUUGAUAUUUUUUAGUUUCUUCAUCUAAGUAAUUUUAAUAUAUAAUUUUAGUAAUUUUAGCAAUUUGACUUCCAAAUUAAUGUGAUGCUUAUAUUUAUAAAAAUAUUGACACAAUUUUAUGUGAAAAAUACAGCCCAUUUAAUCAAAAGCAUCCUUUCCCUGCCUUAAUUUAAUUCAAUUUGA